AAUGAAAACAACCUAGUUUCGCAUAACUCGACGCAAAAGCGGGAGCAGAGCGUGUCGGCAGUGCAAGUUUGUGUAAAAUUACGGCCAACCACACAAAACCCGAACGGACCUCAGUAAAGUGGGAACACAUAUUUCGCAAGUUCAUUGAAUAAUUGAAGUACAAAAACAUGUCUUCGUUCGCACUCCGCUUUGCUCCCCGGCUGUUGCUCACCGGCAAUUCGACCCCACGGUUGGUGGCCGCGGCCACGCAGCGGAAUUCCUUCUUCACCUAUUCCAACCAAAUUUCGCAGCCGCUCGAGCGCGAACCCAAGUACACGACGGCGGAAGAAGCGGUCAAAGUCAUCAAAUCAGGUGACAUUGUAUUCGCUCAGGGUGCAGCGGCUACCCCGGUUCACGUGCUCGAUGCGAUGACCAAGCAUGGCAUGGACAACAACCUGCGAGACAUCACGGUGACGCACAUGCACACCGAAGGACCUGCCUCCUACUGCAAACCCGAAUGCAAGGAUGUGUUCCGCUCGAAAUCACUGUUCAUGGGAGGUAACGUACGUGCGGCCGUUGCCGAUGGACGCGGUGAUGCCGUACCGAUCUUCCUGCACGAAAUUCCGCUGCUGUUCCGGCGCAAGCUGAUCCAGCCGGACGUAGCGAUCGUGUCCGUAUCGCCACCGGACAACCAUGGUUACUGUACGCUCGGUACCAGCGUGGACUGUGUGCGUGCGGCCCUGGAAAACUCAAAAGUCAUCAUCGCCCAGGUCAACAAGCAGAUGCCGCGCACAUUCGGCGACAGUAUUAUUCACCAGUCGCAUUUUGACUAUGCGAUCAAUGUGGAUAUACCGCUGCCGGAGCAUGGUGGACAUGCGAUGUCGGAAGUGGAAACCAAGAUCGGCAAACUGAUCGCGGAAAAUCUGGUCGAGGAUGGUGCGACGCUGCAGAUGGGCAUCGGCAACAUUCCAGAUGCGGUCCUGAACGCACUGCACAACCAUAAGGAUCUGGGAAUUCACUCGGAGAUGUUUGCGGGCGGUGUGGUCGAUCUGGUGCGGAAGGGUUGCGUGACGAAUGAUAAGAAAAAUUUCCAUCGUGGCCGCAUCGUCGGUUCGUUCCUGAUCGGUACCAAGAAGUUGUAUGACUUUGUCGACAAUAAUCCAUUCAUCGAAAUGCUGGAAAUUAACUACGUCAACAAUGUGAGCAUUAUCGCGCGAAACCCCAAGAUGACGGCCAUCAACUCGGCGAUUGAAGUAGAUCUCACCGGACAGGUGUGUGCCGAUUCGAUUGGUACGCGCAUGUAUUCUGGUUUUGGAGGACAGGUCGACUUUAUUCGCGGUGCUGCCGAAGGUUUCGAUGGCAAGGGCAAACCAAUCAUUGCGCUACCAUCCGUCACAAACAAGGGUCAGAGUAAAAUUUCCCCCAUCCUAAAGCCGGGUGCUGGUGUGGUAACGUCUCGAGCCCAUGUCCACUAUGUUGUCACCGAGUAUGGUAUUGCGAAUCUGUUCGGUCGCAGUUUGCGCCAGCGUGCCUACGCACUGAUCCAGAUCGCUCAUCCCGAUCACCGCGAAGCCCUUGAAAAGGCAGCCUUCGAGCGUUUGAAAACGAUGCCAACACCGAACUAAGAAGCUAUUUUGUCGUCCUGUUCACAUGCGUUCAAUCAAAAUAGACAGCAUUCAGACCUUUCGAAAGUAGGAGAGUCACACACACACACAAGCUAAUCGAUGAACGAAUCGACGUUCAGCAUGCUGUCGAUGUCCACAGGGAAAGUCCUUCGGCAUUCACAAAAGCAAUGGAUUUUAUCGACCCAUAUCGACGUGUUGCCGCCACCACACACCGAGUUAGAGAUUAUCACGUUCCACGCGAAAACAACAAAAGAGAUCCUUUACACCCUCCGGCGAAUGGAAUCGUAUUUGGCCAUGCACGGCAACUUUUUAGACCGUUAUCAAUUUCUUUUUAAUUUGUUUGUUUUUGUUUUAUAAUUUCGUUUUUUACCAUAAACGCUUCAUGUGAUGUAUCGUUUGGCAUUCUAGCAUUUUGGGUCAUCAAAGUUAAGAACUUUGCGCAAAAGCAAGCCCCGUGAAAGGGAAGGAAGAUUAAGUCGCGCACGCAACGCUAAGCAAAAUUACCAAAUAAAGCAAUUUAGUUUUAGUAAUCCAACACCGAAAACAAUCUUGAUUAAGCUGGUUGGACGAAAUGAUCCAUUUGCAGUAGCAAUAGCACACUGCAAUGCCUGGAAUGCAAUAACGAAUACGCAAAAACUGCCAUCACGGGAUCAGACACACAAAAGCAUGCCUUGUAUGACCUUCCGAGGCUUGUGGUAAUACAGAGCGCUUACUAUAAAUUGCCGUUUAAAACAACUGCUAAAUUAAAUUGCUACGAAAGGUUCAGGAGCAGUAGCAACAUAACCACAUGUAGAACAAUCCGCUAACAGUGUUCCCGUUUUUUUAGGUAGUUUCACUUAUUCCAGAGUAUUGCUAAAUAGAACAAAAAUGCCUAGACAGUAGAUGGGGUUAAACGAACAGUAACAAACAAAAUACUACUAACAUCAAACGAACUAUCUCACACAAUGAUACACCUACGGUGUAUUGGCCUGCAGAGACGGCAGAGAAUUGGAUGGUUAGACCGUUCCGCUUUUUUACAUAACGUGCGCAAGCGGGAACCACAAUCAUACAGCAGUUUAUCAACUUUAAGAGCAAAAAUCAGUGAUCAAAUUACAAAGAACGAGUUAAUCGAAACCUCAAAAUCAGCUUUGAAAAUAAAGUUAUCCUAGU